AUGAGGAUCUGUAUCUUGCAAUCCGCAUUUCCCGAAGACCAUGCAUAUAGCAAGAGCGGUAAUGGCAUGGAUCCGGCUCUUUAUACCGAUCAGCACACUUUUGAAGACCGAUGGAUUCAGAAGGACUCGGCGAAAGAGCAAAUUGAUGCUGCUGUAGCGGAGAAAUUUGACUUUUACUUCAACUUCAUGUGGGGACAAGAGGAUGAUGAGUUUGCGGGCGUUGAGGCCUGCCGUUACGUGGAGAGUUUAGGACUGCCUGUGGUCGGUGCAAACAGCAAGGCCCUGCUGGACUCCAAGAUUGAGUUCUACAAAAACGCUCAGGCACUUGGCUACCCUCGCGUUCCUGGAACUUCGAAUUACCCCCUCUUCGUCAAGCCAGCCUUGGGAUUUGGCAGCGCGUUGAUCACAGAGAAGUGUCUGUGUCAGGAUCGAGACGAGCUGUUGAACUGUUUGGAGAUACUCAAUGAGGCACUCCAACCAACACGCAAGAGUACUGACGGUGCAGCAGAGUCGCUGUCUCCCUCAACUGUGGUAGAUGGCAUUCCCAUCCCUGACGAUAUAGUGGUCCAAGAGUUCAUCCAGGGAUGGGACUAUAUUGUCGAGGUGAUUGAAAUGGGUGACUAUCCUGUUGCGUUAUCUCCAGAGAAAUAUGUCUACCCGAAGCAUUUCCGCCCUGGCCGAGACUUCUUGCAUGCCGAUAUGAGAUUCCAUCCCGAAACGGGCAUCAGGGUGCUCACAGAAAAGGAGAAUCCAGUGUUAUUCCGGACCCUGCAAGAGAUGGCCGUGCAGGCAUUCAAAGCCAACAAUAUGAGGGGCCAGACCUGGGCGCAAAUCGAUAUUCGGGUUCCUGAAAGUUCAGAGCCCGCUGUCAUCGACGCAAAUCCCAUGGGGAACCUGUUUUGCACAGGCAACCACAAAACCGAGGAUAUUGCUGUGGAGGAAAGUUUCCCAGGAGGUCAUCGCGCGUUCAUCAACAGCGCAAUUUCAAGUCAAUUGAUCCAGCUUGGCCAUGCAAAGCCCCGCCAGGCUGAAAUUGCUGAAGCCUAUACAGCAUAUAGCCACAAAUAUAAGGACAGUUCCGAUUGUCGCCACGCUAUGGAUCCUUUUUAUGAAGAGGUUAUCUCGUCGCUAGAUCUGCCCGGAGCCGUGCUCGAACUGGGCUCAGGAACAGGCAAAUUUGGUCGACUUCUGAAACACAGAAAGCAAUCAUCAGAAACCCUCGGUACACUCGCCGGUAUCGAGCUAUCGCCGGGCAUGAUCCAGCUCUGUCAACAAACAAACGCAUACUCUGAGCUUCAUCAAGGGCCUGUUGAGGAGAUCCUACCACCUAUAGAUGCCUGCGAUCACAUCGUCAGUUUCUUCACGCUUUUCCAUCUGUCUCCGGAAAUCUUCUCGAUGGUCAUGGCGCGAUCAUUCCAGUUGGCACGCAAAUCAAUUGCCAUCACCAUCGAUGAGAUCACCGAGGGGCAUAACCGGCGUUUAGAAGAGAUGGGGUCUCCUUUCUCGUCAAUGAAGGGAUUCAACCACAGCACCGAGAUGCAGAAGACCUUCUGUCACCCGCCUCCCCGGGGCUGGAAACUGGUGAAGACCAAUGCUGCAUUUGCUUGGUCCUUUCCGGAGAUGGGCUGUGAUAUCCAAUCGACACUUUAUGUCUUUGAGACACAGCCAGAAUAG